AUGGCUGCCAUGAUCCAACGUCGACAUCGAAGGAGACAGAAUCUGCUUGUUUUGAGGCGAUCACGAGUAUUUCGUGACCUAAGCAAUCCUUUGGAGAGUCUAGAGGAGGAAGAGAUUUUCCAGAGAUAUCGUUUUUCUCCGGGUAGCAUACUUUAUAUUGUAAAUGGUGUCAGUGACAAUCUUCAAGCAGAUACUGCCAGGAACCGACCCAUUCCUCCACUGAUCCAGGUUCUACUGUUUCUCCGUUUCCCGGCUACAGGGGCACACUUAAGACUUAUUGGAGACAGUCUUAACGUUUCAGAAUGUACGACUGGAAGGGCUGUUAAAGCGGUAGCAAGGGCCAUCAUUGAAGUUUUUAUCAAUCUGAUAAAAUUUCCCGUCGGUGAAAUAGCGACCAAAGUCAAGGAAGGAUUCAGAAGAAUUGCGGGUAAGACCUAUAAUUUGGAGAAGAAAAAAAACCCACUGCAAAAAUCGUUCUUUGCUUUUAGUGAGAUAUGUGCAAAUCUUUAA